AUGCCGAAUGGUCUUGUGAGUGCGAAUGGAUAUUCAGGUGACGAAGAGGAGCUCCUACAAUUAGAGAAAAUAUGUAGGGAGGUACUGUCUCAGACGUGUUCCAUUAAAAUUGAUAGAAUUACCGUUUACUUUCUUGUAAAUAUGUACUUGAAUUGUUUUACUGAUACAAUAGAAGCAAAUGUACCAUUCUGUGUUUGCCUUUCUAUGACCUGGCCUGAAGCCUAAGAAUAUAAUAUCGUAGGCAUCUACUUAGGUUAUCUUGGUUGAUCAUUGUCUAAACACAUCUGAAGAAAUGAUGAAAGAUUAGGCCGAAUUAUUUCCCCAACUGUGUUCAUAUUAGAUGAUGCAGCAAUGAAAUCAUGAAAGAUCGUCUUUAAUGAUAGAUUUUUCUUGAUACCCCGAUUUAAGGCACACGAGUAUUGGGAGGAAAAAAAUGUUUCCUACUGUUAUGAGUUUGAAGAUGUGAAGACAAAGGAAUAAAUUGGAUGGUUAAGAUGGUCCACUUGUGAUCGACUUUAUGUUUAGUCUGUUUCCCAGUUUCACCUCAGAGAAAGAUAUUAUUUUUGGAUAUAAGAGCUAAACCGCUAAUUUUCCAUUAUGUGAUAUAGCUGAGAAAAGAAAAAGAGAUGCUGCAAGAAUUGCUUUUGCACGAACGGUCCAUAAAUGCAGAAUUGAUCAAGGUAAUUUGCUUCUCAAAUUUAUGCUUUUUCCCAUUCAGUUCACUGUGAAAAUGAUAUUUUUUAAUUAUUUAUUUCUGCAUAAGACGGAAAAUAUUGUAUCUGGUGAUAUAUAUUUUUUUGAGAUGUUGAGUGACUUGAACUUACACCAUAACACGGAACAUGUAUUGUAAUCUCGGUCCGAGAAUUGAUAUCUGCAAAAGAUUGAGGAAGUAGGAGCAACCAUGGACAGACCAACAGAAACAGAUGAGAAAACACUGAGUAUAGAUGCUGACUAAUAUUUCCUGUACGCUUAAAAUACAGGAAUAUGGACAAUAUGUCACCAGACCUAGUCUCUAUUCAUCAUGGAAUCUGAAGGUUAUUACCACUUAUGUAGAGGAUGAUAUAGAUCCUUGUUUUAUUGUGAAUAUUUAAUAAACCGUGAAACGUUUUGUUUAGAGACCCAAAAAAUGACUCUGUUGCCAGUGGCAUACUGAUACAGUCGUUCGACCAUCAGGACGUGUUUUCUUAUGGAUUUGACAGCGCCCUUUCGGUACGUUUUCAUUACUAUCCACUAUUGGAAUGGAAAGUUUAGUGGAUCCCAGAGGUUUGUGUUGAUCCGUGACUCAGGUUUAUUGAAUUGCAAUAACAUGACGGUUUAUCUGGUAUAAGGCUAGGAAUUAAUUCCUCAAAGGGCAUGCGUUGCCUUCGGUCAUGUUUGCUGGAACAUUAUUUUGCUGAACAAUUGUACUAGUGUGUUGAAAGUUUGAUGGUGCUGGGUAUAUUAAGCUCCAGGCCAAAUAAUUGGUGGAAAUGAUUGAAUGGUUGUAUGAAUCUGUAUUCAAAAGGACGAAAUAGCCAUACCUGGGUCAAAACUUGUCAAAAUAUGCCUGGUUUUUUAUUUACAUUUGACCUGCGUCAGAGAAAAGGGAAUUUGUGUACAUCAGUGCUUUCCGAUUGUGCUUUGAUUAAUAUUGUUCAUUUUAAUUGGGUAGCUUUUUCAAUAUUGAAAAAUACUUGAAUGUCCUUACAUUCUUUUGUUUUUUCUAAACGUUUGUUAGCUGAUUUGGCAUAAUACUCACUAUUAAACCAAUAAACCUAGCGUUUUCUCAAUAUGUUACGCAGUCUCUUUUGGAACAAGUUUUAUUAAUCUUAAGAUACUUUGUACCAAACAUUAAAGACGAUCUGUAAGCAUUUAAUGAAGCUUCUAGUACUAAAUUCAAGCUUUCUUUGAUGCAGAGAUUCGAAUCUGAUGCAAUUGUAGUUUCAGAAGCACGUUCCAGGGACAAGAAAUAUAUUGAUGAACUUGAAAGGAAACUGAGGAACUGCUCGCAAGAAAUAGGUUAUGACAUUAGCAUUAAUAUUUUUUUGAGCAGCUAAAUGGCUUUAUUGUUUAGGUCACCUUUUGUCAAUUUUUGAGCGUUAUUAUUAUCAGUAAGAGAUGAAUAGUUAAAUGCACGUCUAACUCAAAUUAUGAUAUCAAUUUUCUGAAUUUACUGUUAUUGCAGGUUUUCUGCAAGAUCAAUUAAAUCUAAGAAGUACAGAGGUAACUUACCUGGGCGAACAAGUUCACAGCCUUGAACUGAAGGUUGGAGAAGCCAGCAAAUUACAUGAAGAAAUCAGCCUACUGAAGGAAGAAGUAGCUCAAUAUGACUCCCAACAAACAUUUUUUAUGUUUGAAUUAGAGCAAAAAGAAGCCGAGCUGCUGAAGUCAAGACAGCAGAUUAGCAAUCUGGAGGCUGUUAUGUCAUCAGAUACACUGGAGUACCAGUGUGAAAUAGAGACCAUGAAGCUUGAAAUUUUAUCUUUAGAGCAGAGGUGCUGUAUUGCUGAGAAAUUAUGUGAACAGGCUACUCAAGAGAAAACCAGAAUGGAUGCAUUGUUUGAAGAGCAUGGAGUUCACGUUGAGGGGACACAGCACACCAUUAACUGUUUGGAGAAAGAGAACGAAGAAUCGUGUGGGAAAUUAAGGACAAUAGAAGGGAAGACAGAAAUACCUCUCUGGAAGGCACAGACUCAGCACAAUGAGUGGAUGAAUAACUGUUGGACAACUAUGCCAGUUUCCAGAAGAUCUGAUAAGGAUUUAUUAUUGAAGCCUACUGACAGUCUUUGUUCGCCAAAUGAUUCUGGUAGUAAUUUGCUCUUCUCUCCACAGCACUGCCGUCUUGUCUUGCCAUCAUUUUCACAAGCUGUGUGUUCUCCAAUGAUUUGUUACAGUAGUCGAUACAUUCUUCUCUUUUGAUCUGUCUGGGUGUGCCUUUGAGAAUUCUACGGCUACAUAGACUCACCUUCCACUGAAGCUGUACAUCUUAACUACAUGAUGUGGAAUCUCAUUAUGGUAAAGAUCCGGAUCUAGAGAGGGGUGUAUGAUAUAGGGCAUCACUUUCAGAAAAGAGAAGGUACUUUUUUUUUUGACCCAGGUGGCCCAAAAGUGGUGGGCCAGGCAUUCUGGAAGCUAUAAGGCCCAAAUAAAAUCAGACUGGGUCCAGAUAAAACGCGUGAAUAGUGUAUUAUAGUUGUUAGUUUAGUAACUAUCUUGUUGUCAAGUCGUUUUAAAUUUAUUUUCCUAACAGAUCCUAUUUUAUAGGAGAGUUACAACUGAUCUGAGCCUAUUUAAAUGGCUAGCAUGUUGUAACUUGAAGGACACCUUGAUUACUACGAAUUUUCACUCUCUUUCAGAGAGUACGAGUGCUUGUGGAUUCAAGGGAGUUCCUUUGAUUCUUGUGGAUUCAAGGAUCAACCGUUAUAGAUUCAAUGGCGUUUUCUGAUCCUUGGAUUCAAGGAUUGUCCAAGCUGUCUCUGUGGAUUCAAGGAUUGGGGAAAAUCGGGCCUUGUGGAUUCUUCCUCUGCUCAAAAUUUUGUGCCUCGUGGAUUCAAGGCUGGAUUUUCUAUUCUUCCACAACUUCCACUGCAUCAAUGGAAGAGAGGGGUUAAAAAAUGUGAUUACUGCUAGAUUGGUUCUACAGUGUGGUGGACACUUCAGGUGAAUAUAUGGAAUGCUGUAAACAUUAUUCCUUUGGUUCCCAUGAGGAAUUUGAUUUAUGAUUUGGAUGGAGACCUUAAGACAUAGGAUGAUUGGAAAAGGCUUAGAAAGAAUAUAAUCAUGAAUAAGGUCUUUGAAGUCCUGUAAGGGAUUGUUUGGUUCAGGCCAUGGGUUUGCCUCCAGUUUAGAUAGCAUCUGUGAAGCCCACGAGGUAUUUUUUAUGUUUUCAUUAAUUAAUAAUUUUACUCUGAUCCAUGUUCUAUUGGCAAGUGGAUAACCAGUCACAUUUCCAUCAUUAUUCUCUAGUGUCCGUUCAUUUUAUGUUCAUUGUCUGUCAAAUGAUACAACUGUAUUACCUCGGAAAGGAAUAUAAUCAGAUUAGAUAAACUCGAUUCCUACUGCACUGUUCUGAUUAAUCAUAAAAAAGAUGAUCAAUGGUUUGAUUUUCUCUACAGUUUACUUACAAUUUUUUGAGAAAAUAUGGUUGCUAAAAAUCCUAAACGAUUAAUGGGCCUCUCCUCUCCUAUCUCUAUUUGUACCCUUCUAUCUUUCUCCUGUCCUUAAUUUUCUUUUAUCAAAUGGAUUUGCCAAGCAUUACUUACUUGUAACUUUGUUUUUGCAAAACAUUCUAUACACAUAGACCUUGUUUUUGUGUGUGUUAUAUUUUUUGGCUAGGAUCUUACGUUUUGAGCGUCAGAUUGACACAAACUUGUCCAAGUUAUGCUCAUGCAUGUUGUACGUUUUAAAUAUAUACAUUCUAUUCCAUUGGUUAACGUAAUAUGUGACGUGGCUGACGAGAAACAUCUGAUGAUUUAACCUUUAGUUUCUGUUCUAGUGAUACUAAGAUUAAUGUUCUUGAGUUAAAUAUGUAAAAAUUGGUUCUUCAGUAACUCUCUCUUUAUUCGUUAACAAAUCUGCGCUAUUUCUGAAGCACUUAUGAGGAAGUUUCCAAUCCAUUUCUUUCGAAACUGGUUCUCCCCACAGCUUGGGACAAUUGCGUAAAGGAUGAGAUGGAGAGGAUGUCUAUUCAAAUCAGGGAAUCUGAUCAGCUAAUCGGUCAACUGAAGGUCUGACUAUAGAUCAUUCUCUUGCCUCUCAUAAAUGCCUUGAAUGAUAUUAUUAUUAUUAUUAUUAUUUUUAGAAAUAUGAUCAAAUCACUCAAUUUUCUAGGAUGAGUUGAGAGAGGUGAAGUUGAGAGCGAAAGAAGAAGCAGAGGACUUAGCACAAGAGAUGGCAGAAUUGAGAUACCAGACCAUGGGAAUGCUCGAGGAAGAAUGCAAGCGGCGCGCUUGCAUCGAAGAAGCAUCUAUUCGGCGCAUCCAAGAGUUAGAGGCGCAGGUGCAGUAGCAUAUCUCUGAUCUGUCAGACAUCUCUUUUUUAACAAUAUUAUUAUUAUUAUUAUUAUUAUUAUUUGAGAUGCCCUGCAUUAUAUUUUAUUAUUAUUAUUUAUUAUUAUUUGCUAUCCACAUCACAUAAAUCAUGCGAUGUAAACAUAAAGCUCCACUGUCAGAAAAGAUGUAUGAAUCGCUCUCGGCGUCUAUCUACAUCAGAUAAUUAUAAGUGGUUUAUAUAUUAUGAACUUAGUAGUCUUUUUAUGGAAAUUACAUCUGGUUUAUUUGUGGUUGUGCUGAUGAUCACUGCUUUGCUGACAAGCCUCCAUCUUUGUGCCGGCAUAAGGUUUCAAACGAAAAGAGCCAAUCUGUAUUGGCUACCAAGAACUCCCAUGACGUGGAAGAGCAAGCGGAAGCAAGGUCAACGGAGAUCCAACGCUUGCAGGAUGCGUUAAAGGUAGCCCAUUUAUUUACUGGCCGAGAUGAUACUUGCGAAUAAUGAAAUCAGAAUUAUAGGGUUCUGAUGAACAACGAUUUUCAUAAAUAAAUGGGGGUUUUAUUGCAGUAGGCCAGCCCAGAAGCCCAUAUUUCUUCGGCCCAUUCUUCAUGGGCUUGAAGAACAAAACUCUUGAAUAUAAAGAAAACCAUUCGGCUCUGGGCCUGAUUAUGUAGUCCUCUCCGGAAAAGUCCAGAGAUAAACAGCAGCGAGUAGCCUGGGCUCAUAUUGUUGGGCCCUUCAGAUUUAUGGGCCGGGCCCAUCUUCUAAUAUAUCAUCUUAAGGUCUUACUACUAUAUGAAGAAUCCCAUCUCCAGUUUUUGACCUAUGCAUGCAAGGAACAACUGCCAUUUUUGGAAAUCUUUUUGUAGGCGCUCCUGGUCAACAGAGAGACAGAAUCUCUGCUAAACACAUAAUCAUGCAGCUGUGGAGAGUGUAUCCUCCAUACACAGCCCAUGGGGUAA